AUCGAUGGGAUGAGUUAAUGUUACCAGAUUUUCAAUUUCAAACAUUUCCUCAAUUUUGGAUCAAUCCGCCAAUCCUUUCCUUCCUCACAUUUACUGUCUCUCUCAUCAUAAAACCACUUUGCCAGAGUCUUCUCAGCUAUGUAGCAACGUUAAACUCCUCACCUAAUUCAAAUAAUAUCCAUUUCCACGCUAAAGCUACUCCACAUACUUACCUGACAAACAUGGCGACAUCGGCUUUCAAAUCAACCACCAAGCGAGCUUCAAUCGGCGAGGAUUCCGCUCACCGCUCUCUCCGCCGCUCCCGCAGCCUCAGCCGCCCCACCGCGCCGGACCCGGACUACAUCAAAAACGUGCCCAGGGGGGAAUUCGUCAACACCACGAGAGGCACCGCCACGGCGCCGUUCCCCGAGAUCAGCUUGGACGAUCUCGCGCUCGACUUCUUCUCCUCCUCGUCCAAGACUGAGAGCGACGGAGGGGGGCGAUUUGGGGAGAUUGGGCGGUGGGCGAGCGAUACGGCGUCGUCGAGGAGAAGGGGGAGGUCUGUGUCGAGGAGCCGAGGGGACGCUGUUUCGAUUAGCUCCGCUGCGUCGGGGCCUAACAUUGCUGCCUCGUCCGACGGGAGUUCGCGGCGGAGGAGGUCUGUGUCGGUGGCUAGGAACCGUGGGAAUGCUGCUCCUGCAGCGGAUAAGGACGAUGCGGGGACGCGGCGGCGGAGGUCGUUGUCGGUGGCGAGGUAUCAUAUUAGCGAUUCCGAGAGUGAUUCGAGCAAUCGUGCUACUAUGAUAGUUCCUAAUGGUGGGAAUACUCGCUUACCGCUGGCAUCGAAAACCACGUCUUCAAGCUACCACCGGCUAGGAAGAUCUACAAGUCAGAUAGACCUCUCCCUGAUACAUGACGGUUACUCAAGCCAGUCUUCUGCCUUAACUGAUGAUGAAUCAAACGAUACUCAUUUUGGGAGAAAUGGAUUUGAGAAGAUAAUUCGAGUUCAUGCUAAAAAGAAGGCAAUGGGAAGAAAUCAGACAGUUGUAGUUAGUAAUGAGCCUAAUGACUGCUCUCUAUCUGGAAAUUCCAAGACUCUUCAGGAUUCCUUCAUUAUCAAAGAGAAAUAUGCUCACAAAUUGGAGCAGAUGGAAAAGCGGAAAAUGAAUCUUCUUACUGAAAUGUUGCUUGAGGAGCAAUGUGGUGUAGAGGUCUGUGAAACUUAUGAAGACCUUCCUAAUUCAAGAGCUUCAGCUGUGACAGAGAAGCUGCCACAAGCCAGAAAGAGAAGCAGUGAUAGAAGUAGAAUGUCAGAAAGACUGAUUGAGGAUGCAGAAAGGUACUUUGAGGACUUCAUCUCCAAUAUUGAAGAUACGGAUUUAUCAUCAUUUGAUGGGGAAAGAAGCGAUGGAAGCUCAACUUUAGGAGGUAUGGUGAAGGGAAGAGAAUUUAGGAUAGGAGAGGCUGAAACUUGUAGGACACCAGCAAGACCUACUUCUCGCCCUGGUGAAAUGGAUGGUGUUAUUUUGCCCUGGUUGCAGUGGGAGACGAGCCAUGAUGGUUCACCAGGUGGGAAGACCAAGGUACAAACUCCUAUGACCCCACGAUCUGUACAGAGGGACCUCGAAAAGGACUCGGGCCAAUUGCACGAUGCAAGUAGCUAUUCCAUGAGCAGUCAUGGUAGUUGGAGCCCAGGCCUUGUUCAUAGUUCUCCCAUGGAUAAAAGAGAAGAGGUAUAUCCAACAAAAACUGGCAAUAUUUGUGUGUCCAAAUUUGACAUGGAUGAGUACCUUGAUCUUCAGAAUAAUGAGGAAAUAUUGUUUGAAAUGUAUAGAGAGCGGAUCAGAAUUGGUUUGGGUGGUUUAUUGUUGUGUACUGGGGUAUCUUGAUUAAUUAUUUCUGUACCCAGAUAGCCUCGCAAGAAUUUGGAUUAUGAAUACUUUUUUUACAAUUUA